AUGUAUCUUCCUCAAUUUGUCCUCGCAGGCCUCUUAUUGGUGGCUGGUGCUCAACAGGCUGUUGCCGUACCUGCACCGACCACGGAUGAUAUAUCCACUGCCGCUUCUGCUUCCUGCGCAGGCAAGGAUGUGUUGGUGAGGAAGGAAUGGAGAUCCCUACCAAAACCCGAAAGACUCGACUACAUCAAUGCUGUCAAAUGUUUGAUGAAGAAGCCAUCCAAGAACGGCGGAGUUUAUGCUGGGGCAAAAUCUCGCUACGAUGACUUCUUGGCGCUACAUAUUGUCGAGACAGACUUGAUCCAUUUCAAUGGGCCUUUCUUAGCAUGGCAUCGCUGGUUCUUGCACCUUUUCGAGCAAGAACUUCGAAACACUUGUGGCUACAAAGGAGCACAGCCGUACUGGGACUUCUCUAAGGACAACACCAUCAAUGGAUUCUCAAAGUCUCCACUCUUCGACGUGACACACGGGCUUGGUGGCAACGGGCCAUACGUCGCCGAUGUUAGCGACCCCAUAACAUUCCCAGUGACAACACCUACGAUCAUCCCGAACAGAACAGGGGGAGGCUGCUUGGACAAUGGACCAUUCAGUGGACUUGUGGUGAAUAUGGGUUUGGGUCUAUCCACCGAUUAUACACCUCAUUGCCUCCGUCGCGAUUUCAGUCCUGUUCUUGUCUCCCAGGCGCUCAGUAAUUCCAAUCUCAAGGCCGCCCUAGACGCCAAAAACUACUUUGACUUCAGCAUCAAGAUCCAGGGAACUAGUUUCGAGGUGUCAGGGCUAACAUUGCACGCGGGGAUGCAUCUUGGUAUUGGUGGUCAGGUCGGCGAUGCAGCUGACAUGUACUCAUCCCCGGGUGACCCCCUUUUCUGGUUCAUUCAUGGCGCACUUGACAAAAUUUGGGACCAGUGGCAGCGAGCCAACUGGAGUGUUCGAAAAUCCGAGAUCGCCGGUCCUGAUACGAACUUCGCCUACCCUUUCAACUUCUUUGGCGAUGUCCCCUACAAGAACAUCACAUUAGACUUUCCGCUUCAAUAUCCGUACUUUGGGAAGAAUCUUACUGUUAGGGACGUUAUGGACACGAAGAACGCUGCUUUGUGCUAUACCUACGCGUAG